AUGCCUGUCUCGCAGCAGAACCAGUCGGAUGCUCUGAGCCUACCCGACGCAGAGCUGUAUAUGGAAGUUGUGGGCUACAAGGCAGGAACGAGCUGUUGCACAUUGCGUCGUUCAAGAGCGGGAGCCAUGCUGUUCCACGGGAUCUCCGGUGACCACAUCCAGGGCAUCAUGGAGGAGAUGGAGAGGAGAUCCAAAACCGACUCGCGCCUGGCCAAGGGCGUGCGGCUCAACGGAAGGGAAGCGGUGAGAAACAUUAACGCAAUGCAAUGUUGUUGUUUUUUUUCUGACAUCUAUGACGAUUAACACCUACAUCCGGAUGGGAAUAACUGUUUAAACGCAAGAAGGUAGGCCUAUAGUUGGGCUAAUAUAAAGAAUCACUCGAAAGAAAGUCUUAAUGUUGUGGUUAAUAUUGAGUUUACAGGUUCCUCUGCCCAAAAUAACAAACAAAAACGUGCAGCCUAAAUUGUAUGCUCGUCUGGGGAAGUUUUCGUAUGUAAUAAAAAUACAUUCAGUUAUCAACCUGUUAAGUGAAAGCGCAUACAGUAAAAGUGACAAUUAUUAUGCAGAAUUUUCCAAUUUGUUACACAAUUUAUAUUUUGAGCAAAUAGCAAAUUGCUGUUGUUAAUAUAUAUUUAUAUAAUAUAGGCUAUAAUUAAACAGUAAAUACAGAGAUAGCCUAAUAAGCCUAUAUUAGCUUGGUUAUUAUUAGCAUCUACAUAAUAAUUUAUUAUAGGCCUACAUAAUUUGUGUUAUUAUUAUUAUUAUUAUUAUUAUUAUUAUUAUUAGUAGUAGUAGUAGUAGUAGUAGUAGUAGUAAUUGUUGUAAUUUAUGGUUAAGUUAUAGGCGUGUAAAAGUAGGAGGAUAUAGGCCUGCUUAGUGGCUGUCGAUACAUCUUAUUUUAAACGUGCAAUGAAGCGACAUUAAUUAUUCUUUGUCAUUGUAAUAUAAUUAUAUAUACAGGCUCCAUUUGUUAGAUAAGUUGAACGCAGUUACUCCCUAAACACAAUGGGCCCUGUAUGUUUAUACACGUCCAGCUCCGCAGGAAUUUCCUAGGGUUCAUUUUGCUUUUAAACUGAACUGUCAUAGGCCUAAAAUCUAACUAUCGAGCUACUUACUAUUUUAUUUAUUUUCAAGAAAAUGGUGCAAUGCUGAUAUUAGUGUAAUAUGUAAUUUUCAUAUAUGUUACAGUUUUAUCACACACAAGCCAAACCCCCACAUGAUAAGUAUAGGCUUAACCACAGGCGCAUGAUGUGAGCCAUGCAUUCCCACGUUAAUAUCCCCCUCCUUUCCCUCUCCCUCCAGACCAUGCCUUCCAUGGGCCCUGAGAAGCCCGCGUUGUGUGCCGGCUGUGGAGGCAAAAUCUCGGAUAGAUAUUAUCUGCUCGCUGUGGACAAACAAUGGCACCUACGGUGCCUCAAAUGCUGUGAAUGUAAACAGCAUUUGGAGUCAGAGCUCACGUGUUUCGCCAAGGAUGGCAGCAUCUACUGCAAAGAGGAUUACUACAGGUAAGAAAACCUAAGGUUAUGAAUUGUUUUUCUACUGGCUUAGUGAAAUUAUUGAUUUUAUUAUUCGAUAAUUGAACAUACACACACACACACCCUCUCUCUCUCUCUCUCUCUCUCUCUCCCUGUUUGGUAUUAGGCCUGUCAUACAAACUAUUGUUAAUGUCUGAAACCUUAGGCCUAUAACACAAACACAGGCUACGGAAAAAUGCAAAUAGGCUAUAGGCCUAGGUUAAAUGUAGAAUGUAUUGGUUCGAUCGAGUAUAGCUUUAUUCAACUGGGCAUACAAGGCCUCAUAUAAUUAACCGACAACAUGGAAAUAGAAAUAGCUGUAGCGAUGCAGCCUAUAAAUAUCAGAGGCAACCUGACAUCUCCACUGCAAAACCGAGGUGUUAUUAUACCAAAACUGCGGACGGAGGUUAUAACAUUAUAAGCAAACUGCUGAAUAAAAAACAAUAACGACAUGGAGGUGUCUUUUAUGUAGCCCCCUCUCCUCGCAGUGUGUGAGUGUGUUCCAUUUUUUCAACCCUUUUGUGAGUGUUUUAGAAGUGUGAUGUCUGCGCGUCCUUGUUCCAGAAGGUUCUCGGUGCAGAGGUGCGCACGCUGCCACCUCGGGAUCUCGGCAUCUGAGAUGGUGAUGCGCGCGAGGGACUCCGUGUACCACCUGAGCUGCUUCACGUGCACCACGUGCAACAAGACCCUGACCACCGGCGACCACUUCGGCAUGAAAGACAGCCUGGUGUACUGCCGGGUCCACUUCGAGACCAUAGCCCAGGGAGAGUACCCGCACCCUGGCCUCAACUAUGCCGAGAUGGCGGCUAAAGGUGGAGGUCUGGCGCUGCCAUACUUCAAUGGCACUGGAACGGUCCAGAAGGGAAGGCCUCGGAAGAGGAAGAGCCCGGCCAUGGGCAUAGACAUCACCAGCUACAACUCAGGUGAGGAGACAGAGGGGAUGAGAUGACUGGCUUGUUGGGGAGUUUUGUCGGGGAAUUGAUGCUGUUGCACUCUUUUAAAAUAACGUUUCGAUGGGGAUGUAAUGGUUAGGGAUAAUAUAAUGUUCACCAACGCGCGCUGGUGAACUGAACAGAAAAGCCAUUGACGAAUAUAGAGCUGGCUGGGCUGGCUGAUGGGAUUUUUUUUGGCUUGUACGAUGUUUAAGGCCGUAGGCCUACUCCGAAUGCAAUUUUAACCAAAAAGGGGGAACAAGAAAGAUAACAAUUGGCCAUUCCACAAAAUUGAAGAGGCCUGCUAUGAAUGUGUGCUCUGUUCAUGAAGUAGGGCUAGCCUAUUUGCAUUUAUCCUCUUUAUGCUAAAUUUCAUGUUGUCAAAAUGAUAGAAAAUUGACCCCCCAGUUAAACAUUAGAUUACAUUUUAUAAUUAAGAAUCUUAUUAGGUUAUCGAAUGCCUAAAAUGGGCACACACAUGAACUUGAACCAUAUGCACGUGCAGGGGGUAAUGGGUGACCUAUACGCACGUGCAAGGGGUAACGGUAAUUCAGCCUCACUUGCUUAAAUUGUGCCGCAGCUAAUGCCGUUUUUUUCGCCUUUCGUCUUACUUGGGGGACAUUGCCUCCUCCGGUAGGCUAUAGCCUACAGUUAGCCUAAUUUUACUUUUAAAAUAUGGCAUUGAAAACGCUGAAUGUUAUAAUGCAACCAACCCCGCAGAUUCUCUUUUGUUGUUCCUUUUUAGAAGUAGUGUCCGGUUGAGAAAGUUUGUCAUUGUGUGCCAAGUUUCCUCUGUUCACCAUGAAUAAAAUGAAUAAGGGUAAUCUGAGUGUUAAUUGUUCUGCGUUAAUUGAAGGUGAUUUAGGAAUCCCUGGCGUCCAACCACUUCUGAAUCAUACUCGGAAGGUCAGCACAGUUCUCAGAAAAAGUGAAAGAUGGAGCCGGAAUACAAUAGAAUAAUUUUUCAUCAAAAAUAACUUUUCAUUUUUAACUGGCAUCAUGAGGUGCUUUUGUUAUGUCCUCAAAUAUGCCAAGCCUAUUCCUGAACGUUUUAUGUUUUUUUAGGCUACUGUAUUUUGCGUUUUAAUAAUGACAAGGAUAAUAUUCGAGAUAGAUAAUGUCAAUAUGCUCACUACAAUUAUUUGGUCUCCGUUUUUUUAUUUAUGUUUAGCUAUAGAUGUGCAUUUUCCAUAUUUAAAGCACAUUUGGUUGCACUGCAAAGACAUACGCUUGUAGUUAACUCAGAAUUAAGUCCUGCUUUUGUAUGUAGCAUUCCAAAAUCAGGAAUUGCCUGUCUUUCACAGUCAGGUGCGGGCAAAAACGUUGAUAUUGUCUAGAUCCGGUUUAUAAUGUUUAGUUUCCAUCUCCUCUGUAUGCCUAUACGUCUGGAGGAUUCUCCAAUGCAGUCCCAUGUCGACCUUGCAGUUGGCAGGCUAUACUUUGCUGCUAAGUAUGUUUUCGUAGCGACCCCUGGUGGGUAGUUGUAGAACGAAAGGCACUGGAGGAAAAUAGGAUUUAAAGAUUGAGGUGUUAUUUAUUGCAGUGCUUUUAAGAUGCUUGUCUGUCAUGAAUUAGGAUGCACAUCUGAUAUCUGAAAAUAAGUGUUUUAAGUUACAAGUUAGUGAAGAACAAUGUAGUAGUAGACCUGUCUGCGCAGCGGUCUAAGGCACUGCAUCUCAGUGCUAGAGGCGUCACUACAGACCCUGGUUCGAUUCCAGGCUGUAUCACAACCGGCCGUGAUUGGGAGUCCCAUAGGGCUGUGCACAAUUGGCCCAGCGUCGUCCGGGCUUGGCCGGGGUAGGCCGUCAUUGUGUAAAUAGGAAUUUGUUCUUAACUGACUUGCCUAGUUAAAUAAAGGUUAGAUAAAAAAAUUGAAGAUUUAUUGUGUAGCCCAGAGCUAUUUAAUCAUAGGUUCAUCUGCGUUCAUGCUUAGUUCUGGAUUCACUAAAACCAGAAUUAGGGAUACUGGAGCAAUGCAGUUUGGGUCUUUGAAACCGGCACUGAAGUCUGUCAUUUAAACUAGUGAUUUGCAUUUGCAGGGGACGGAAAUAACAAGAAAGGUGUUUUGAAUAAAUGAUCGGCCUGCUAAAUUGUUGUAGUUUAUUAGACAGAGAUUUAGAGAUGAUCACUAUAUGUGAUAUAGUAGAAAGAGUCAAGUCUGUCAUAGAGAGCUACAGUAGGCCUAUGUAUGCAAUAAACAUGUCUGCUGGAUGUGUUGACUUUUAAAAUAGUUGUCUUUUGAUCAUGGAAUGUCAAUCAAAUAUUGUAAAUAUUUUCCCAUAAACAUUUAAGGACCUAAUAUUAUGGUGCAUGUUGGAAGUAGAGAUGACAUUUUAAUGUCAAGACAUUAUUACUUUCUUUAAACGCAGAGGAUUAGAAAUGCUGGACCAAAUCAACUAACUCUUACUGUAGAUCUGCUUUAAAUACUUUCUAAGGGUUUCUGGUCAGUUCAAUUUGGAGUAAUUAUGAUUCAAUGAAAGAUUUAAUUGAAUCUUAACUGAAAAUUAUGGCCAGUUUACGGACAUUUUGUGUCUUGAAUUUCUGUUCAAUGGAAUGCGUAGCCAUCAUGAACUAAUCCCAACCCUGCUCCAGUUGUGUUGUAUCUUUCUAUACUUAACAAUUUGGGGGAGUGCUGUCCAUCUAAUCUUCUAGGGAUUAUAUUUACGAGUGUAUUCCCGUGUAGCUCAGCUGGUAGAGCAUGGCGCUUGCAACGCCAGGGUUGUGGGCUUGAUUCCCACGGGGGGCCAGUAUGAAAAAUGUAUGCACUCACUAACUGUAAGUCGCUCUGGAUAAGAGCGUCUGCUAAAUGACGUAAAUGUAAAAUGAGUAUCAAGCAGCAGCCCACCUUUACAUUUUUUUUAUUAUUCUGCAAUGCACUUAAUGAAUUCUCCAAUGUACCAGUAUUUCUGUUCUAACCUCACACUUCCUCUUCCCCCCCCUCCUCUUGGUCAGGUUGUAAUGAGAAUGAUGGGGACCACCUGGACCGUGACCAGGCCUACCCUCCCUCCCAGAAGAACAAGCGCAUGCGCACCUCCUUCAAGCACCACCAGCUCCGCACCAUGAAGUCCUACUUUGCUAUCAACCACAACCCCGACGCCAAGGACCUGAAACAGCUGGCCCAGAAGACAGGCCUCACCAAAAGAGUUCUACAGGUAAGCAGAAGCCAUCGCUCUCCUUCUUGACCUCUGACCUAGUAUGACAUCAUCACUAUAUCCUCCAUUCCACCGUUUGUUCUUUUGUUUGACCAUCAGUUCCAUUCAAGUCCAAUUAAUUCAUCCUUUUUUGGUUUGUUUGGUUUUAAUAAAAUGUUUAAUUUGUUUUCUACCAAUGUUGAGUUGUAUGGAAUGUUGUUAGGCACUAGGUGUACUGUAUGAAGUAGAUCUAGUGUAUUUGUAGUGUUCUGGGUUUAUAGACAUAUCAUUUAUCCACUAAUCACUCCCAGUCUCCCUGGGUCAGUGGUGGCAAGAGUAACUUAAACUAACGUUUACAGAGCGAGUAACUUAAACUAACGUACACAGAGAGAGUGCACAAGUCUGUAAGGAUCUUUUACAAAAGAAAAACUCUUUCAGCUGGUCAUUUCUCAUGUGGUUUCUACUCCCUGAGUCCAAAGUAAUGGCAUAAAAAUCAGCAGUUUUUGUAGCUAUUGUACUUUGCUCUUUCUAUUCUACCAGGAGAGUCAGCUAGUGGACAACACUGUGAUGUCAAAUAGAUACAGAACCAUUUUAUUGUUAAGAAAAUAAAGAAAAUAAGUUGCUAAUAUAUAUUUUUUUAAAUAUACAUCAGACAUAAACAUAAAGUAAAAGCCAUUGGAUUGGAUUGGUUUGCAGGUAUGGUUCCAAAACGCAAGAGCCAAAUUCAGAAGGAACGUUUUGCGUCAGGAGAAUGGUGUUGACAAGGCCGACGGCACGUCACUCCCUCCACCCUCGUCCGACAACGGCGCUCUGACACCCCCCUCCAGCACGGCCACACUAACAGACCUGACCAAUCCCUCUAUCACUGUAGUGACCUCCGUCACGUCUAGUUUGGACAGCCAUGAUUCGGGGAGCCCCUCACAGACUACCUUGACAAACCUUUUCUAGCAAGCUCUACGACUCCUAGCUCUUAACUCAUUUUUGUUUUUUUCCCCCAAUUUGCAAUUCGAUUUUUUAAAACAACAUCUUUAAAGAAAACAGAGACAGUUCCAUGGAUACGUAAAGUACUGUACUGUACUGUACACACAACAAAAAGCAGCAAGAACAACGACAACAACUACAGCAACAUUUAAACAGGAGGAAAUCCUUUUGAUGUGUAGCACUUGCAACCGCUUGGCAGCUGAGUUUGUAGUCAACGUAUUUAGUGACUGGUUUUGUGCAAAGGACGUUUUGAAUCUGGAAGGCGUUGACAAAUUAUUUAGAGGGUUCAACAAUCUGGGUCACAGCCCAAAUGAAACUAUUUAAAUGAGAAUAGUAUAAUAUUUGUACUUUCUUUUAUUUCAUUUGUUCAUUUGAUUUGAUUUAGUCUAAAUUUAUCCGCCCCUGAUAAUUAAUUUCAAAUCAUUAAUACUAUGUUAGCUCUAUCCUAUUUAAGGCAUAUUUUGAUAUUCCCCUUUUUUCAUCUUUGAAAUAUGAAUUUGCAGAAUGUUGUGUAAAAGAUCAUUCAGAGUUAUCCUGGAUGUUACAAGACAUGGGAGCGUUAUAUAGAUUAGUCAAUUCUAAUCUCUAAAUUGCGUUGUAUACAUUACAAUAACCCCAACAUUACAACUCAAAUGCCAGGUGGCUGCUGUGACCUCAACAUGCAUUUUGUCUUGACAUGAUACACCUCAACUGUGAUAGAAAAUAAUAAGAAUGGAACAAAUCUCUAGAUCUGUUCAGUGGUAACUGUCCAACAUGUAGUGCAAUCACAUUGAUAUUAGAACGUGGUCAACAAUAGAAAUCAGUGAGUGAAAUUCUGAUUGGGACAGAGUUAAUGGGCACUGUUUGAAAUUAUUGUUUCCAUUAUAGAGCACUUUUUACUAAUCUGUUGGCCUCAUUUUACAGACCAACACACGAAUGGAAAAACAGUAGUUUAUCUGGAUUCAGCGUGCCCGUAGAAUUACUGUUAAAUACAAUUGCACAGUGACAAUAUACUGCCCAGUGAAAAGUGCAUUAUUAUCAUGUUGCUCAGGGUAAAAGAAGGGUUGAUUCUGAAAAAGGUAAGAAGGGAGGAGAGGAAUCUAAUAAAAAGUGAGGGAUGACAAUGUGGCAGAUUAGAUGUGUAGAAGCUGACAGAAACAUCACAAUGACCUCGGAAAACUGGAGAUGGUAGACAGCCAGUGGGACAAAGAAAUCAUCCUCCACGUUUUGUCCUUUUUGGGCAUAUUUAAACUUUACCGACACUUGCUACUGAACAGACCAAAAUAUACAUUUUUUCCUCUGGCUGAUUUAAGAGAAAGAGAGACAAAAGGAAGAGGAGUCCUUGCUGCGGGGGUUACAUUAUUUUUUUUUUUUUUUGUCUCCUGGGCCAGCUGUUUAAGGUCGUUGGCGUCGGGUUGUGGUUGAUAGCAAAGCAGGACUACAUGGUGCAGAUUAACAUUUUAGUCAUUUAUCAGACGCUCUUAUCCAGAGCCACUUACAGGCCCCCCGUGGGAAACGAACCCACAACCCUGGCGUUGCAAGCGCCAUGCUCUACCAACUGAGCUACAGGGAGACUACAAAGAAAAAGAGAGUCCUUGAUGCGGGGUUCAAACAUUUUAUUGUAAUUGUCACAAUUUGUUCUAUUGUAGAACAUAGUGUUACUCUCAAUCUACUUGAUGAAGUAGAUGCCUAACUCGGUUCUACUAUGUGCCUUAUGCUAUAACUUGGAAGAAAGUUUGUGAACUUCAGGAUUAUAUGUGUUGUUUGUUGACUGAUUCACAUCCUUUUGACGCCUCACUAGUUUUGUACUGUUUUGCAUCUUAUUUCUGAAGAUCUUUUUAUGGUGUAUCCUGUUAGAAAGGGGCCAGCGAUGUCAUAGAAAGUAUUUGUGCACUCUUUCAGAUAUAGUUGGUUAAUCCAAUAAUCUUAUAUAUUGAUCUCCGUGUUAAUAGUUGAGUACAGUAAGUGUUCUAUCAAGAUUGUCCAUGUUUCCCUGUUUCUUGACUAAGAUGGUGUAUAGAAACUAUUUCUCCUUAAAUAUUUAUGGACCAAACGGUUGUUAUAUAUCUUAUUAAAUUUGUGUGAAUAAAAAAUACUUUGCUUUAAAUGAGUUUUAUUUUUCAUUACACUUGCCAUUUUUUGUGUUAUUCCUUAGAUACUAUGUUCUAUUAUUUGACUCACAUCAACAAAUGAAAAAGCAUUCAAUGAUUGAUUGACCAAUUAAAACAAACGUUCCACAUUUUUACUUUCAUUUAGAAUUUGUAUUUCCUAUUUUGUGGUGUUUACAGCUUUGAAGUAAUGCCCCAUGAAUUUGCACCUAAACCCUGUAGUCAAAAAUUAUGAAAAUUGCUUUUUAAUGCAUGAAUAUGGCUAUAUAACUUUUUAAAAUGGAAAAAGGAAUGCUGCAAAGCAUACAUUGAUUGAUAUAUCUAUAUAUUAUAUAUGUAGUGCUAAGGUGACGUAAGAGGAAAUGCAGACCUAUAAAGCCAGGUUGCUCUGUAGUUAAUAUAUUGUUACUCUAUUAUUUCUUUCAGGGAGAACAAAUCUUGGGGCAUUACAGCCAAACUUCCCGACGUUUGAAAAUUCCCUAAAGUAUUAAGAGAAGGGGAAAACUUUGGUCGGAAUUCCUCACCAUUGAAGACAAAGACAAUAUUAGGAUAAGACGAUAGAAUAUUGAGAAAUAAAUUAACAAAAACAUGUUUCAGUCCAAAAAAUGUACAACAACCAAAAAAUAUUUAAAAACGUUUUAACUGAAUGUUUGAAUCCAACUACGGAGAAGAAUACAGUGUGUUAUUACUGAUAUCAUUGUGAAAAAAGACUUGACAUUGCUCAUAUUGGAAUGCCAUUCACACACAGUGGAAAAAGUUCUAUAGGAACAUAGAUGUAUAUAGCAGAACAGCAUGGUAGCACAGGGGCUAUAGUAGGAUUAAGAAACCGCAGACAUUCAACAACACUACAGGACACACACACACACAGACACACAGACACACAGACACACACACACACACACAGACACACAGACACACACACAGACACACACACAGACACACACACACACACACACACACACACACACACACAGACACACACACACAGACACACAGACACACACACACACACACACACACACACACAUACACACACGCACCCUUCCCCUGCACCCUUCCCCUGCACCCCCUUCACUUACCCCACACAUUCUUACCUCUACCCUCUAUAGAAUCAGCUUGCUAUAAAAAACGUUAUUUUGUCACAAAUGUCAUUUUGUAAACACAUGGCCUCCUUGAAACUCGGCAGCAGGACGCCCAUCAAACGGGCUGAUGAAGAGGACUGCAGAGUUGGCGCUUUGCCAUCUGGCUGCUCUGAGGGAAAGAGGAUGUAACACAAAAACAAGAUGAAGAGGAUUCCCAUUAUACACCUCAGCAAAUUGUUAACAUUGAGCUGUAUAUUAUUACUUAGUUUGAUGCAUUGUAUUCGUAUCAUUCGUUGUCAGCUGUAAAAUAAACCCUAUGAAAAUCCUUCCCUGAUGAUGCCCGUAUACCUUACGGUGGAAAGUGAAAUGUCAUUGUGAAGACAUAGGUGGAUUUUAAUGCUUGAAGCUUAGUUAGCUGAAUGUCAUGUAUAAAUAAGGACAAUAUUAACAAUACGAUUAUUACUGGCUGAUUUCAAUAUUGUGGUUGUUCUUAUGUUCUAUGCAGCUUUUAAAAUACACAACCAGUAAAUGGAAUUAAGUGUGUGAUUACCGAUAAUAGAUGGCGUUAAUUAGAUUCAGAAUUCAAGCUAUUUACAAUACGCUUUCUGUUCAAUUACAGUCACUGGAUAGAGUCCAUUCAGACUCCUGACAAAUGUGGGCACCACAUUUCAUUCUAGGGAUAAAACUACACAACAUAAUUAUAAUUGACUACCCGCGUCUCCGAGUCUCACAAAUCACAAUGCGUGUAACCUGAUCCCACUGCCUUGCCUUGGUUCCUCAGUGCUGUGUGAUUACUGCUCUACGAUGAACGCUGCAUAUCCAUGUUGGUAAGAAGGGAGACGGAAGGGAGCAGAGGGCCAGGAUGGGGGAGGAGGUAGGGAGGAGGGAACGGUGGUGCCAUAUGGGGCCUAGUAAACAGCUCGCUGUUGAAUUCCAACAACGUGGGAAACGGCAAACACAACAGACACGUCCAAGCCUAAACCUCACUCACUGGGGUGCUGGUCGUGCUGUUUUUCCUGGCCCGGGCGUUAGGCGGUUUAUGCUAGCGAGCAGCAGGAAGUGGGAUUGCAACAUAACACAAACAAACAGUGUCGGCCAUCUUGGAUUCUGGAGAUUCUGGACAUCAUCACAGCAUCCUGCUGACUGACAAGAAUGUGAAGGGAAGGAGGUUUGUGACUGGAAUGCUUCUUAUCGGAACGAUUAGUGUGUGUGUGUGUGUGUGUGUGUGUGUGUGUGUGCGUCACAGUACUCGGCUGAGGGGAGGACGGCUCAUAAUAAUGGUUGGAAUGGCAUCAAACACCUGCAAACCAUGUGCUUGAUGUAUUUGAUGGCAUUCUACUUUUUCCGCUCCAGUCAUUACCACGAGCCCAUCCUCCCCAAUGAAGGUGCCACCCGCCUCCUGUGGGGUGUGUGUGUGUGUGUAGUGUUUGGGGAAAGUAAAAGACAAGUCCAUAUCCUGACCAGGUACAGUAUGUGGUUUGUAGAAUGCCACUGAUCAUAACGGAGCAUUGUGCAGACUGCAGGUGAGUCUGACACUGGUAGAACCCAUUGUAUAAUUACAUGCACUUCAUGGUUCAGUCUCAAAUAUACUUUGUCAUGUAAUUUUACUCUAUUAUAGAAUGGUUCAACAUUUUGCUUGGGAUAAAAUCCCCAAAUCCCUUCAGAUGAAUAAUCUUGUUUCUAAGGGGGUUUCCAUGGGGAUCCCGAGACAUUACUUCCCCGUUUACUGUGUUUCACAAUAUAUAUAUAUAUAGUAUACAUACAGUACAUCUCUCACUGUAAUAAGACACAUACUGCUUUCAUUUGUGCUAUUGCAGUUGGUCAAUGGACUCAAUACAAUUUCACAAUAUUUCCCAAUACUGUUCAGCUGCUAUGUCACUUCCUUUCAUAGUGGUGAUCACCACUUCCUUACUUUAGAUAUUUGAUUGUGAGAGAGAGCAGCAGCAGAGGGGAUGGAGAGUUUGUUGAUAUUAUUGGAACACGGCCACGUGAUGUCACUAAAGUUCACACCAGGAGCAGAGAGGAUCUCAGGUGAGCACAGUACAGGACAUGGGGAGAGGAUGGGAAUGGAUGCCUGUGGGCGAUCACACACACACACGUGACUACAUGCUGCUUUAAUAGGGUGUCAGUUCAAUGUGUGUGCUAGUUCUGCCUCAGCGCCCGCCUCUCAUCGCCAGGUGUGCAUUUCACCUCCACACACACACACACACACACACACACACACACACACACAACACACACACACACGUGGAUGUCAGAGGGAUGACGAACUCGACAAGAAACGACUCAACCUAACGCCCUGUAGGCUGCUAAGACACAGCAGUGACGGGGGGAGAGGAAAGUGGGUUGGGGGAGGAUUGGGGGAGAGGGGAGACAGGUCUGCCCUGUGUGGGGUGAUACGGAACAGGUGGAGAGAUACGGGUUGACACUAAAAGGAGUGACACACACACACACACAAACACAUACAAAACGUUCUGCUGUGGGUUACAAGGAUAAGUCCUUCACAUCGUUAUGAGGCAUCUUUCCUGUGCCUCAAUUAUACAGAGGUUUCCCUGCAGCUCAAAUGUAACCUUAUCUCUCUGUUUCUAACAGUGUAUUAUUCAGUAUUUACAUUCAGUUGGUCUGUGAAGUCUUACAUCUAAACCUUGAACACACAAUGAUCAGGGAUACUGACUGUGUGUUGCAAUUAUACUUUGAAGAUGAGCACAUUCAUUAGUGAAUAAUCAAGUGCAAAUCUUCUAGGGAUUAUAUUUUACGAGUGUAUUCCCGUGGAGCCUCAGCUGGUAGAGCAGGCGCUUGCACCCGAGGGUUGUGGGCUUGAUUCCCACGGGGUGGCCAGUGAUGAAAAAAUGUAUGCACUCACUAACUGUUAAGUCGCCUCUGGAUAAGGUCGUCUGCUAAAUGACGUUUAAAAUGAAAAUGGAGAUCAAGCAGCAGCCCACUGUUACUUUUUUUUAUUAUUCUGCAAUUGCACUUAAUGAAUUCUCCAAUGUACCAGUAUUUCUGUUUCUAACCUCACACUUCAUCUUCCCCCCCCUCUCUUGGUCAGGUUGGUAAUGAGAAUGAUGGGGACCACCUGGACCGUGACCAGGGCCUACCCUCCCUCACAGAAGAAACAAGCGAAAUGCGCACCCUCCUUCAAAGCACCACCAGCUCCGCACCAUGACGUACUAGUUGCAUCAACCACAAACCCGACGCCAAGGACCGAAAACAGCGCUGGCCCAGAAGACAGGCCUCACCCAAAAGGUUCUACAGGUAGAGAAGCCAUCGCUCUCCUUCUGACCUCUGACCUAGUAUGACAUCACACUAUAUUCCUCCAUUCCACCGUUUGUUCUUUGUUUGACCCUCAGUUCCAUCAAAGUCCAAUUAAUUCAUCUUUUUUGGUUUGUUUGGUUUUAAUAAAAUGUUUAAUUUGUUUUCUUACCAAUGUUGAGUUGUAGGGAUGUGUUAGGCAUCGGUGUUACUUGUAUGAAGUAGACUAGUGUAUUGGUAGUGUCUGGGUUUAUGACAAUCAGUUAUUCCAUAUCCACUUCCCAGCUCUCUGGGUCAGUGCGUGGCAAGAGUAGUAACUUAAAACUAACGUUUACAGAGCGAGUAACUUAAAACUAACGUACACAGAGAGAGUGCCACAAGUCUGUAAGGAUUUCUUUACAAAGAAAAACUCUUUAGCGGUCAUUAUCAUGUGGUUUUUUACCCUCCCUCCCCUCCCCCACCUCCCUGAUUCCAAAGUAAUGGCCCAUAAUAAAAAUCAGCAGUUAUCAGUUUUUGUUUAGAUAUUUGUACUUUGCUCUUUCUGAUUUACCAGGGAGAGUCAGCCUAGUGGACAACCUGUGAUGGCAAAUAGAUACAGAACAAUUUUAUUGUUAAGAAUAAAGAAAGAAAAUAAGUUGCUAAUAUAUAUUUUUUUCAAUAUAAUCAACAUAAAACAUAAGUAAAAAGCCAGGUGAUUGGAUUGGUUGCAGGUAGGAUGAGUUCCAAAACGCAAGAAAGAGCAAAUUCAGAAGGAACGUUUUGCGUCAGGAGGAGAAUGGUAGUUGGACCAAGGGCCGACGGCACGUCACUCCCUCCCACCCUCGUCCGACAACGGCGCUCUGACACCCCCCUCCAGCACGGCCACCUACAGACCAUGAACCAAUCCAUCUAUCACUGUCGUGACGAAGUCAAGUCUAGUUGGAAGCAAUGAUUCGGGGAGACCCUCCCAGACUACCUUGACAAACAUUUUCUAGCAAGCUAUACAGACUAUAGCUCUUAAAUACUCAUUUUUUGAUUUUUUUCCACCAAUUGCAAAUUCGAUUUUUUUUUUGAAACAAAAUAGUUAAAGAAAACAGAGGACAGUUCAAUGGAUACGUAAACGUACUGUACUGUACUGUAC